AUUUAUAUUGUGCAACUGCUUAUUUUCUUUUUUGCAGUUCCUAAUUUAUCAUAAAUUUCUUUAUGUUACUUUUCUUUAACUAUCUCUAUUGAACUAUUUAUCUGUUAUUAAUCAACGAAACCGCAUUAUGUCGAGCUUUUCACUACGAGACGUAUGUGGUUAUAGUAACGAUCUCAGAGAGAUACUAUAUACGCUUGUUAAAAAUAGAUCUGAUAUUAUAUUAUAGCCGAGAAAGAUGCAGAGCAUAUAUUCUAUCGUUUCUGGACAACGUGGUGGCGAUUUGACAGUAACAGAUGACCGUUGGAGAGUUUUGCCAUAGGCGCUUCCCUCGACAUUAUUAUACCCGACCCAAGACAUAUUCAUUUUUCCAGUCAGUUGCACCAUUAAUUCUCAGAAAACCAGAGAUCGCAGCGAGGCUACGGUUCGGAUAAUAAAAGAAGUCUGAAUACUCGCUAGAUAAAUCUCACUGAAAAACGAAUGCUAUUGCUGUAGUUUUUAGCUAUAGGUGUAAUCAAUGCAUGCAGCUACAAGUUACACGUUACACCUCAGUCUGUUAUUAUAAGUAAAGAACACGUACUAGAGUUUAGAGAGUUAUGUACGCGCGCAUCCUUAGUAACGUUAGAUAUCAGUCAGAAGCAAUUUAAUUUUUAAACAAAGCUUAAAGCACAUAGAUCAAAACAUCAAGAAACGUUAACAAUUGAACGUGAAAUUACAAUCCAGCUGUCGCCUCUGAUAGUGUUUUUAUUACUGUCGCAUGUGCAGCUUGUUUUUGCGUAGAUGUGUCAAAGAUACGUUUAUAAAUGUGAAUUUUAUUGUCUAUGUACCGUUGUCUGUUUGUGUGCAGCGACAUUUCUAUUGUUUUACACAUAAGACAGUGUAAGGAAAAAAAAAAGAUAUAAUAUCGUUGAGCAGCCUAAAUGGCGCAAACUCCUCGUUAUAAUGUUAAUCGAUAAUGCAAUCGAGCUGAAUAUACGGAUAAAGUACGACAUAAAAUAUUGCACUGAGGUUAUUUCUUCUCGUUUAAAAACGACUCUUCGAUUAAAACUAAUUAACAUGUUCACUGUCACCGACGCGCAGGCGCGUCUAUAAUUUGCGCUUGUAUCUCCGUUUUUAAACGCUUAUAGUUUAAGCGCCAAAGUUUUAUACACUGCUUGCCGCCUCACACUUUAAAAAAAAAAUUACGACAAAAUGUUCCUGGCAGAAAUAAACGAACAAUUAGUGAUAGUAAACGUGUUAAUUCGAUAAUUAACAAUUUGCUAUUUUGCGCUUAUUCCGACUAUUACAUAUUUUAAGAAAUUUUGUAUUAUGCCAGCAUUUAGUCUUCCAUCUAUUCUUAUUUCAAUGAAAGGCACGUAAGAAUAAUUUUUUUGUCUUAUUAUAGAUAACAUGUAACAUCGUUGUAACGUUAAGUUUUCUGUACUACUUAAGUAAUACUGAUUUUAUACAUAUCCCUCUUCCUGAAUAGGACUCUAUACAUAUAUAUAUAUAAGAAGCACUUCCAUUCGAAGAUAAAGCUAUAACAGAAAGGAAGAAAGACAGGCGGUCUUAAUGGAAUUGUACAAAGUUGAAGCCGUUAAUUCGCUGGCGAUCGGUAUAACUAAAACUCUAUCUAAAAGUUCGAUCUAUUUACUAGCGGCACUUUUUAUUCGUAAUCAUAAAAACAAGAUGAAUGAUGAUUCUGCCAGAAGUCUGCUUAAUGUCUUCAAUCCUGCAUCGUACCAUUUGUUAGAUGACUCAUUAAUCAUCACAUAUCAACAACGUACUUUUUCUAUAAAUUGUCCAGAUAUGUCGAGAAAACGAUUUCAGUUAGUUUUCGAGUUUAGUGUCACAAUGUUGUUCUUCAGCCUCAGUUUUACAUCCUUUCUAGCGCUUGCAAUUGCUCAUAAAGAUCCGUAUUAUGUCGGUGAUAGAACUACCAUGGUCCAUUUGUUCGAAUGGAAAUUCAAUGACAUUGCUAAAGAAUGCGAAGAUUUUCUCGGUCCGAUGGGAUACGGUGGUGUACAAGUUUCUCCCAUAAACGAGAAUCUCGUGAUGAAUAAUAGACCAUGGUUCGAAAGAUAUCAGCCGCUCUCCUACAAGAUUAUUACUCGAUCCGGAAAUGAAACCGAAUUUAAGAACAUGGUGGAAAGAUGUAACAAGGUUGGUGUGCGGAUCUACGUUGACGCGGUCAUCAAUCACAUGACAGCCGAUGCACAACCCGCGUACGGCACCGGUGGCACGUUAGCAAAACCAAGUAGCCGUAGUUAUCCAGGAGUCCCGUUCAGCUCCAAGGAUUUCCAUCCAACAUGUGCCAUUCGGAAUUAUAAUAAUGCUACCGAGGUCCGUAAUUGCGAGCUAGAAGGUCUUCACGAUCUCGAUCAGAGCAAAGAGCACGUCCGAAACAAAAUAGUUGAAUUCUUUAACAGGGUCAUCGAUCUUGGAGUCGCUGGCUUCCGCAUUGACGCCGCCAAACACAUGUGGCCAGAAGAUCUUAAAGCAAUUUACAAAAGAAUAAAGACCUUAUCUUCUGAGAAUGGAUAUCCAGAGAAUGCGCCAUGUUAUAUCUAUCAAGAAGCCAUCGAUCUUGGUGGCGAGGCCGUUAGCAAAUAUGAGUACAAUAAGUUCGCGAAUGUCAUUGAGUUUCAAGCUGGCAUUAUCUUGGGUAGUAUGUUCCGUGGUCAGGACAAAUUGGCAAGACUGCAAACCUUCGGUGAUGUGAAAGCUUGGAGAUUGAUACCCUCCGAUGAUGCGUUAACCAUGGUUGACAAUCAUGAUAAUCAAAGAGGCCAUGGUGCCGGUGGAACCACUAUUUUGACGUACAAGGACCCAAAACCGUACAAGAUGGCGGUAGCCUUUACGCUCGCUCAUCCUUACGGCCAUACUCGAGUCAUGAGCUCCUUCGCGUUUACUGACCCCAGUCAAGGACCACCGGCAAAUUCGGACGGUAGCAUCAUUUCACCCGAGAUUGACAACGGUGUGUGCGUCAAUGGUUGGGUCUGCGAGCACAGAUGGCCGCAAAUUUAUCACAUGGUCCAAUUUCGCAAUCUGGUGAACGGCGAGAAAAUAGAGAAUUGGUGGAGCGAUGGAAAGAAUCAGAUCGCCUUCUCCCGUGGCGCUAAAGGUUUCGUUGCCUUCAACGUCGAGGGCGACCUGCGCGAAAAGUUGCAAACCGGAUUGCCCGCAGGGACAUAUUGCGAUGUCAUAACUGGAGAUGUCGUCGACGGUAAGUGCAGCGGAAAGUCUGUGGAAGUUGGCGACGAUGGUACCGCUACGAUCGAGAUUCUAUCGAGCGAAUCGGAAGGUGUGCUCGCUCUUCAUAUCGGGGCAAAACUGUGAGGCUCGUGUGGAUAAAUUUACACUUGUGUAUAGAUAGAUGCAACAUUUUAAAAAUUAUGUGUUACUAGCAGAUAUUUAAAAGUAGAUAAUCUAUGUAAAUUCAUGCAAACCUUAUGACACAAUAAAAAAGUAUAUAAAAUGUA